AGAAGUUUUAUUACCAGAUAUACGGCGCCGUUUUUUUUUUUUUAUCCUAAAAUUUAGAACCUGAGAACCUCUCUCCUUCACUCCCCUCCUACCCGACGGCGACGCCAAUUAGGACGGCCUCACCGGUGAACUCUGAUUCUUAAUUGAAGUUCAAAAAGGAAGAAUGAUCAAAGGCUUCAAAUGCCAUAACAAAUUAUUGUUGGGAUGGACUGUAUUGGUAAGAAGAUCCUAUUCAAGUGAACCAACAAGGGAUGCUUUAGAUACAGGCAAAAAAAUAUGUAAAAUCAUGAUGUCUUCUUCUCCAGUGGUGCUCAAUACGGCUCUUGAUCAAAGUGGGCUAAGGGUUUCACCUGAAGUAGUGGAGGAUGUUCUUAAGCGGUUUGAGAAUGCCGGGAUGCUGGCUUACAGAUUUUUUGAGUGGGCAGAGAAGCAGCGGAAUUAUAUGCAUAGUAUUAGGGCUUAUCAUACCAUGAUUGAAUCAUUGGCUAAGAUUAGGCAGUAUCAGAUCAUGUGGGAUCUGGUGAAUACAAUGAGGAAUAAAAGCAUGUUGAAUGUUGAGACAUUUUGUAUUAUAAUGAGAAGGUAUGCGAGGGUUCAGAAGGUGGAGGAGGCGGUUUAUACGUUUAAUAUCAUGGAGAAGUAUGAUGUGCCACCAAAUUUGGCAGCGUUUAAUGGCUUACUAAGUACCCUGUGUAAGUCCAAGAAUGUGAGAAAAGCGCAAGAGAUUUUUGAUAAAAUGAAAGAUCGAUUUGUGCCAGACUCAAAAACUUAUAGUAUUUUGCUUGAAGGAUGGGGUAGGGCUCCGAAUUUGCCAAAGGCUAGGGAGAUCUUCAGAGAAAUGGUUGACAUGGGUUGUGACCCUGAUAUUGUGACCUAUGGUAUAAUGGUUGACAUUCUCUGCAAGACAGGGAAGGUAGAUGAAGCUAUUGAGAUUGUCAGGGAAAUGGAUUCUAAUGGCUGCAGGCCAACCUCUUUUAUUUAUAGCGUCUUGGUCCAUACUUAUGGGAUAGAAAACAGAAUUGAAGAUGCUGUUGACGCAUUCCUAGACAUGGAAAGAAAUGGAAUCAAGGCAGAUGUGGUUGUGUAUAAUGCUCUGAUUGGUGCAUUUUGUAAAGUAAACAAAUUAAAGAAUGUGUAUAGGGUCUUAAAUGAGAUGGAUUCCAAGGGUGUGGUACCAAAUGCAAGGACAUGCAAUAUCAUUCUCAACUGCUUGAUAGGUCGUGGAGAGACUGAUGAAGCUUUUAAGGUGUUCCGCAGGAUGGUCAAAGAAUGUGAACCAGAUGCUGACACAUAUACAAUAAUGAUAAAGAUGUUCUGUGAUAGAGAUGAGUUAGACAUGGCAUUUAAAGUGUGGAAGUACAUGAGGUUGAAGCAGUUUAUCCCAAGCAUGCACACAUUUUCAGUUCUCAUACAUGGAUUAUGUGAGAAGGGCAAUGCUGCUAAGGCUUGUAUCUUACUGGAAGAGAUGUUAGAAAAGGGGAUUCAGCCCUCAGGUCUGACAUUUGGGAGGUUAAGACAAUUGCUUAUAAAAGAAGGAAGAGAAGAUGUACUCAAAUUUCUUCAGGAGAAAAUGAACCUCCUGAUCAAGGAGCCUUUAUAUGAUUGAAGAAUUAUGCCUUUUCAGCUGUUGAUAAUGCUGAGCAUAUGAAAUUCAAAUGUGUGAUUACCACGUGAUAUUAAAAGGACCAUAUCAGUUUGUGCAGAGGUCAUGAAGAGGGUGGGGAGGAGUGCUGCUCCAGAUAUCAAAAGAAAGGGAACAGAUUGUCCCAGAAAACUCUGAUAUGCAGUUUAGACAUAUUGCAGCAUUAUAUAGCGGCCAGCUGGAGGAGUUGCAAGCAAGUUUAGCUCGAUUUCUUGUCUAUACUCUAUGGUAACUGAUGAAAUGGAGGAAGAGGAUUGUAAUUUGCCAUUUGGCCUUUUGGGCGUUGUUAUUGUAAUCAUGUAAUGGUGAGUGCAUGCUUGGGUUCCCAGGAGGUCAGGGGUUCUUUUAAGAGGCAAAUAAAACAAAUCAGCCCUUUUGGUGCAAAGAUUUGAUCAGUUCUUAUGUUUUAGAUGCUAAAAGAAUCAGUUUUAAACUUGUUAUAGGCAGUUAGGCAAGCAAAAGAAUUUGUAAAUGCUUUCUUGAAUGAUACUUGAGUGUAGUGACUUGGGUCAUAGAGUUGUGGGACUUGUAUCCUUGUGGAUGCAGCCUGAUUGUUUGAUCUUUUGCCCAUUUGGCAAUGUCAAUGGGAGUUGAGAAGAAUUGAACUCACCCAUCCGGCUGAUUUAUAUUUAGUGAA